AUGGUUAAACUUGCUGAACACUCACGUACCGCUACUUUUGCGUGGUCGCAUGAUAAAAUACCAAGACUAAUCACAGGUACUGCCUCUGGAACAAUAGAUGCCAAUUUUUCAAGCGAUUCUGUUUUGGAAUUAUGGUCUCUUUUAUCUACAGACACAGUUAAACCCGUUGCUUCCAUCAGUACUGAUACAAAAUUCAAUGAUUUAGAUUGGUCUUACGAUAAUAAAACGAUUGCUGGUGCAUUAGAUAAUGGAAUUAUCGAAUUAUUCUAUUUAUCGAACGAUCAGUUGACUUCGGUGGCUAAAUUAACAACACAUACUUCUUCUGUAAAGACUUUAAAAUUCAAUAGUAAACAGGAAAAUGUCCUUGUUUCAGGUUCAAAUAAAGGUGAAAUCUUCGUUUGGGAUACAAAUAAGGCUAAACAAACAGAUUAUGUUCCAAUGACCCCAGGGACUGCAAUGACCCCAUUAGAAGAAAUUACUUCUCUGUCAUGGAAUCAAUCUUUAGCUCAUGUCUUCGCAUCUGCAGGUGCUACUGUAUACGCUUCAAUCUGGGAUUUGAAGGCUAAGAAGGAAGUUAUCCAUCUAAGUUACACUUCUCCAGCCACUGGAUUGAAAUCACAAUUGUCUGUUGUUGAAUGGCAUCCAAAUAAUUCCACAAGAGUGGCCACCGCCACCGGUAAUGAUAACGAUCCAUCCAUCCUGGUCUGGGAUUUAAGAAAUGCCAAUACUCCAUUACAAGUAUUAGAUCAAGGACAUUCAAAGGGUAUUAUCUCCUUGGAUUGGUGCCACGAAGAUGAAAGUUUAAUGUUAUCAAGUGGUCGUGACAAUACCGUCCUCUUAUGGAACCCUGAAUCUGGCGAAAAAUUAUCUCAAUUCCCAACUCGUAGCAAUUGGUGUUUUAAGACAAAAUUCGCUCCUGCAAUGCCAGAUAUCUUUGCAUCGGCUUCUUUCGAUAAUAAAAUUGAGGUUCAAACUUUACAAAACUUAGUUAAUACAUUAGAUCAAAAGAAAACUGAAACAAAACAACAUGAAAGUGAAACAGAUUUCUGGAAUCACGUUUCACAAGAAGAAUCAAAUGAAAAACCAACUGUUAUGAAACUUCAAGCCCCAACCUGGUACGGUACUAAACCUCCUACUGUUCAAUGGGCUUUCGGUGGUAAACUGGUUAAGAUCAACGCAGACGGUAAAUCAGUUUCUAUUAUAAAACCAACCAUCCCGGGAUUUGAAAAAAAUGAAUUACUAGGAGAUGCUUUGAAAACUAAGGACUUUAAACCAUUAAUUAAUGUCAGAUUGGCUAAAUCUAUCAAUUCAACAAACGAAGAUGACUGGAAUUUAUUAGAUAAAUUAUCCAUGGAUGGAAAAUCAGAAUUUUUAAAAGAUGCCUUUUCCUUUGAUACAGAUGAAGAAGAAAAUCAAGAAAAUGCUGAUGAAGGUGAGGAAUUUUUUAAUAAAAUUGAAACAAAAUUUGAACCAAGCGGAAACUUCUCCAUUGACAGUUCUACCGAGGAAGCUAUCUCGAGAAAACUAGUUACCGGUAAUUUUAAGAAUGCCGUUUCUAAAUCUCUAGAAGAUGAUCUAUUAAUGGAGGCAUUAAUUAUAGCUCUAGAUUCAAAUGAUCAAGAUUUGAAGGACAAGGUCAAAAAUGCUUAUUUCGCAAACUAUGCCAACAAAUCAUCCUUAUCAAGAGUUCUUUACUGCAUUUCCAGAAGAGAUAUAACUGAUAUGGUAGAAAAUCUUGACGUCAGUAAAUGGAAAUACACCGCAAAAGCAAUCCACACUUACUAUUCAAAUGAUGAAACGAAAAAGAAUACUUUACUAGUAGAAUUAGGUAAUAAAGUAUUAGAAAAGGGUAAUAGGCAAGAUGCUUUAGUGUUAUACCUAGCAGCCAAUUCUAUCGAUAAAGUUGCUGCCAUUUGGUUAAGAGAAUUCAGUACUUUGGAAGAUAACUUGAAAAAAGAAAACAAAACUGUCUAUGAAGCUCAUUCAGAAGUUUUGAAUGAAUUUGUUGAAAGAUUCACUGUUUUUAAUAGCUUCAUUAAUGGUACUCCAAUAAUAGAGAGUGAAGAAUUGAUCUCAAAAUUCUUGGAAUUUGUCAAUAUCAUAUCUUCGAGUGGUAAUUUUGACCUAGCUUCCACUUUCUUAGACACAUUACCUAAUGAUAAUAAGGAUGUCAUUUCUGAGAAAGAGCGUGUUCUAAUAGCUUCUGGCAAAUCUGCCAGGUCAACUGUAUCUUCUACCUUGGCUAGACAACAACAAAAGAUCAGAUCCGUUCCCUCUAUGCCUCAACCACAAGUUCCACAAUAUACUCCUUCAAUCCCGACUGCAGCCAGUUCUAUGGCUGCAGCUCAAGCACCAUACAUGAGUGAUCAGCGUCAAUCUUCAGUAGCAAGUGCAGUUGCUAACCCAUACGCACCACCACCUUCAGAAAUUCCAUCAUCUCUUCCCCAACCUAUGUUGAACAACACCGUCACUCCAACCGCACCAUCUUAUGGAUCCAAAAACCCAUAUGUUGCUGCUGCGCGUUCUGUAUCACCAAAUCUUCAAAGUUCAUACAUCCCUCCAGCAGCUAACUUUGCACCAGCACAACCGGCACCUUUUGGAAUGAAUGAACCACUAUCUCCAUCUGCACCACCGAUGAACAGAGGUAUGCAAUCUGGCCAAAAGCCACAUUUAAACAAAAAGGCAAAUGACGGUUGGAAUGAUUUACCACUAAAAGUCAAGGAAAAAACAUCUCGUGCCAAGGCUGUGUCAGUCGCACCAGUAGCCGUGGGUGUGCCACAACCCGCCAUGUCUAAUGCCACUUCAAAUGUUGCAAUGCCAAACAUGCCACCACCACCUGUAUCAAGAACUCCCUCCAUAGUUUCUGUACCUCACCCACCUACCAAAUCAAGACAUUCUUCAAUGGCACCAAUUCCUGAUGCUUCCAAUGAGGCUCCAAAAAAGAUUUCUAAUCCAUAUGCACCACAGGCAAGCAAUGCGGCACCCCAAUCGGUUGCAUCUCCAGCAAGUGCUUACAAUCCAAUUGCACAACAACCACUACCUCCUGUCACUAACCCAUAUGCUACUGCAACCCCUGCCACUUCAGUGCAUUCACAAUUUUCAAACCCAUAUGCUCCACCACCUCAGACACUCGGUCCUAUGUCUACAGGCGUCGCUGGAAAUGUAGCCCCUCCUAUACAACCACCUGUUGGUCCACCACCAACUAAUUUGAAGAAGAAGAGUCACAAUACUGCUAACGUCGAGUCAGCUAAUAAUGUAUUACAAUCAAUUCAAAAAUCUUCUACGACCUCUCCAUAUUCAGCACCAACCACCACUGCUCCACCAACAUCUCAAGCCCCACCUGCGCAAGUGCAACAAGAAAUAGUUGGCAACGGCAUCGAUCAAAAUGCGCAAGGUAUUCCAGAAGAUCAGCAACCUAUAGUUGAUUUUUUCAAGGAGGAGUUAGAACGCGUAACUCCAUUGAUUCCAAAGGAAUAUACAAAGCAAUUGAAGGACUGUGACAAGAGAUUAAAAAUAUUAUAUCAACACUUAGAGAAACAAGAUUUGUUGACCGAACCAACAAUUGCCAAGUUGAAGCAGAUAGUGGAAUUAAUGAGAUCCAAGAAGUAUUCAGAGGCUAUGAGCGUUCAUGUUGAAAUCGCUACACACCAUGCAAAUGAAGGUGGAAAUUGGUUAACCGGGGUUAAGAGAUUGAUCGGUAUCGCAGAAGCCACCUUGAAUUAA